ACCACUUGUACUUCUAUCACAUUCAGCGUGUGGGGAUGAGGCUGAGGGUAGCCAUGUGCCACAUGAUUUACCGCAAGGCACUUCACCUGAGCAACUCGGCCACAAGGGAGACCAGCACCGGCCAGAUAGUCAAUCUGCUGUCCAAUGACGUGAACAGGUUUGACCAGGUGACGAUGUUCCUGCACUUUCUGUGGGUGGGGCCUCUGCAGGCUGUCGCGGUGACCGCCCUGCUCUGGAUGGAAGUAGGAAUAUCAUGUCUUGCGGGGAUGGCGGUUCUAAUUCUUCUCCUGCUUUUGCAAAGCUGCAUCGGGAAGUUGUUUUCAUCACUCCGGAGUAAGACUGCAGCUUACACAGAUGACAGGAUCAGGACCGUGAGUGAAGUUAAAACUGGCAUCAGAACAGUAAAAAUGUACACUUGGGAAAAGUCAAUUAUGGAUCUUAUUGCCAGAUUGAGAAGGAAGGAAAUUUCCAAGAUUCUGAGAAGUUCCUACCUUAGAGGACUGAAUUUGGCCUCAUUUUUUGCUCUGAGCAAAAUCAUGGUUUUUGUCACCUUCAUCACCAUUGUGCUCCUUGAGAACGUGAUCACAGCCAGCCAAGUGUUUGUGAUGGUGACACUGUUCGAGGCUCUGCGGUUGUCGGGCACCCUCCACUUCCCCAUGGCCGUUGAGAAGGUGUCCGAGGCAGUCGUCAGCAUCCGAAGAGUCAAGAAUUUUCUGUUACUCGAUGAGGUAUCAGAGCGCAACUCUCAGCUGCCAUCAGAUGGCGAAACGAUAGUACAGUUGCAAGAUUUCACUGCUUUUUGGGACAAGGCCUCAGGAAUUCCAACCCUCCAAGGCCUUUCCUUUACUGUGAGACCCGGGGAACUGUUAGCUGUGGUCGGACCUGUGGGAGCAGGAAAGUCGUCACUGUUGAGUGCGGUGCUGGGGGAGCUGCCCCCGAGUCAGGGGCAGGUCACUGUGCGCGGGAGGAUCGCGUAUGUUCCUCAGCAGCCCUGGCUGUUUCCCGGAACCAUGAGGAGUAAUAUUUUAUUUGGGAAGAAAUAUGAAAAAGACCGAUAUGAAAAAGUACUAAAGGCUUGUGCUCUGGAAGAGGAUUUGCAGCUUUUGGUUGGCAGGGAUCUAACUGUGGUUGGAGACCGGGGAACCCCACUGAGCGCAGGGCAGAAAGCCCGCAUCAGCCUCGCAAGAGCCAUGUAUCAGGACGCAGACAUCUACCUCCUGGACGACCCGCUCAGCGCUGUCGAUGCAGGGGUCAGCAAGCACCUGUUUGAACAGUGUAUUCGCCAAGCCUUGCACGAGAAGAUCACAAUCUUAGUGACCCAUCAGCUAUGGUACCUAAAAGCUGCAAGUCAGAUUCUGAUAUUGAAAGAUGGCAAAAUUAUGAAAAAGGGGACUUAUGUUGAGUUUCCAAAACCUGGGGUAGAUUUUGAAGAUAUCCUUUUAAAGACGAAUGAGGAGGCUGAACCAUCUCGAGUUCCAGACUCUCCCACUCUGAGGGGUUGGCCCUCCGAAUCUUCUGUUCAGUCUCAAGAGUCUCCCAGACCCUCGCUGGAAGAUGCUGCCCCUGAGGACCAAGAUUCUGAGACUAUACAGGUUACCCUGUCACUGGAAAGCCGUUCAGAGGGAAAAGUUGAUUUUAAGACCUACAAGGAUUACUUCACAGCUGGUGCUCACUGGAAUAUCAUCAUUUUGCUUAUUCUCAUAAACAUCGCAGCUCAGGUGUCCUACGUCCUUCAGGAUUGGUGGCUCUCAUCCUGGGCAAAUGAACUGAGUACCCUGUAUGCCAUGGCAUAUGGAAAAGGAAGUUUAAUCUUGUUACCUGAUCCUGGCUGGUACUUUACACCUUAUUCAGUUCUCACUGCAGGUACGGUGCUAUUUGGCAUCACAAGGUCUCUGUUGAUGUUCUACGUCCUUGUUAAUUCUUCACAAACUCUGCACAAGCAAAUGUUGGAGUCCGUUUUGAGAGCUCCGGUAUUGUUCUUCGAUAGAAAUCCAACAGGAAGGAUUUUAAAUCGUUUCUCCAAAGACACUGGGCAUAUGGAUGACUUGCUGCCCCAGAUCUUUCAAGAUUUCGUGCAGACAUUUCUUCUUGUGAUGGGUGUGGUGGGCGUGAUGGUGGUGGUGAUUCCUUGGACUGUGAUACCCCUGAUUCCACUUGGCAUCAUCUUCUUUGUUCUUCGGAGAUAUUUCUUAGAGACAUCACGAGAUGUGAAACGCCUGGAAUGCGCAACUCGGAGCCCGGUCUUUUCCCACUUAGCAUCUUCUCUCCAGGGACGCUGGACCAUCCAGGCGUUCAAAGCCCAACAGAGGUUUCAGGAGCUGUUUGACGCUCACCAGGAUUUGCACUCAGAGGCCUGGUUCUUGUCUUUGACCACGUCCCGAUGGUUUGCCCUGUGCCUGGAUGCCAUCUGUGCCAUCUUUGUCAUUGGUGUUGCCUUUGGGUCCCUGUUUCUGGCAGAAACUUUGAAUGUCGGGCAGGUGGGCCUGGUGCUGUCUCUCGCCCUCACGUUCACGGUGAUGGUCCCGCGGUGCGUCAGGCAAAGUGCCGAAGCCGAGACUAUGAUGAUUUCGGUAGAAAGAGUGAUUGAAUAUAUAGACCUUGAGAAGGAAGCACCCUGGGAAUACGGGUAUCGUCCACUGCCAUCCUGGCCCCAUGAAGGAAGCAUUGACUUUAGUAAUGUGAGCUUCAGGUACAGCUCAGAUGAGCCUCUGGUCCUGAAGAACUUCACAGCACUAAUUUACUCAAAUGAAAAGGUUGGCAUUGUGGGAAGAACAGGAGCUGGAAAAAGUUCACUCGUCUCGGCCCUUUUCAGAUUGUCAGAACCCGAAGGUAGAAUUUGGAUUGAUGGGAUCUGGACAACCACCAUUGGACUUCACGAUUUAAGGAAGAAAAUGUCAGUCGUACCUCAGGAACCUGUUUUAUUCACUGGGACAAUGAGGAAAAAUCUGGAUCCCUUUCAUGAGCAUACGGAUGAAGAACUGUGGAAUGCCUUAGAAGAGGUUCAACUUAAAGAAGCUGUUGAAGGUCUCCCUGGGAAACUGAAUACUGAAUUAGCAGAAUCUGGAUCGAACUUGAGUGCUGGACAGAGACAGCUGGUGUCCUUUGCCAGGGCUAUUCUCAGGAAAAAUCAGAUAUUGAUUAUUGACAAAGCCACAUCCAAUGUGGAUCCAAGAACUGAUGAGUUAAUUAAGAAGAAAGUCCGUGAGAAAUUUGCCCAGUGCACUGUGUUAACCAUCACAAACAGGUUGAGCACUGUUAUUGACAGCGAAUUUGUAAUGGUUUUGGAUUCAGGAAGACAAAUAGAAUACAGUUCGCCAUAUACGUUGUUGCAAAAUAAGAACAGCCUAUUUUACAAGAUGGUGCAACACCUGGGGGAGGCCGAGGCCACUGCCCUCACUGAGACAGCAACACAGGUGCACAUGGGAAGGAAAUAGCCAGAAAUCACUCACAAUGGCCACAUGGUUCUGAACGUUUCCAGUGGAUGGGCCUCCGCCUGAACAGUUUGGGGGCAGCACUAUGAUCCUGCCGUGAGGUCAAGUCUACUGCAGAGGCAUUUCUCCAAGUUUUUGCACUGCAUAAACUGUAUU